AUGUGGCUCGAUCAGGCGGACGGUUUCGCGGAGAUAUUUAAAGGCUACUUGCCUUACUAUUUACUCGUAGUUUUUCCUAUUUUUAUUAUUAUGUCCCCCGUGAACCCAGUUGCCGCAUCCCAUGAAUUUUCGGUAUACAGAAUGCAACAAUACGAUCUACACAAUGUUCCCCACGGUUGCCGAAGCUCCAGUUUCAACUUGGAAGGCCGUUCCCUGAGCUCGUGGGGAACCUCUCGUCACUGUGUUGUCGCACGCCUUCAAGAUAUCUCAGUGGACCAAUUUGUAGAAAUAAGAAACAAAGCUGGUGCCCUCGUGUUGGUAUUACCAAAGAACAUCACCUUACUUACCGAUGAAGAAAAAGAGCACAUAAGACUGUUGGAGAUGGCAAUGAUGCAACAGGAGAUCAAUGUUCCCGUGUACUUCGCAAACUGGUCGCCUGAGUUUGAAGACAUCAUUGCCGAUCUUCAACACAGUUUCAUAACCGAUGAUAAAUCUGGAACAGCUUUAGAGGCUAUGUUCAAUACUGUGUCGUCCAAUGGAUAUCAAAUAGUCGUAUCGACCUCAUCUCCUCACAAGCUUGAGUCCAAGCCGGUCACUCUCCACGGGAAGCUGUUUGGUCGAGCUGGGAACACUCAGACCAUAGUAAUAGCUGCUCAUUACGACGCUAACAGCUUAGUACCUGAGCUAUCAACGGGUGCUGACUCUAACGCGUCCGGUGUCGCGGCUCUAUUAGAGUUAGCCCGCAUCUUCUCACGACUCUACUCGGUCACCUCUGAUAGAGGCGGCCCGUCUAUAUUGUUCGUGCUCACCUCUACCGGACACUCUCUCAACUAUUUCUCUACUAAGAAGUGGCUUGAAGAACAGUUGGAUUCUGCUGAUGCCACUCUCUUACAGGACGUAUCAUUCAUCAUGUGUCUGGACUCCAUAUCAUCGGGUCCUCUCUCCAUGCACGUGUCCAAGCCUCCCAAGCCGUGGACGGCCGCUCACUCUAUAAAGUCCCGGCUUCGAGUCCCGGUUGUUCACAAGAAGAUCAAUUUGGCAGACGAGACACUCGCCUGGCAUCAUGAACGGUUCAGCAUCAAGCGGAUGACCGCCUUCACUGUUAGCUCGCUACAGAGUCACAAGGAUCCGUCUCGCAGCUCCAUUCUGGAUACACCCAGCGACGCGUCUCUGAACACCCUGUAUACAAACAUUGUGGAACUGUCCCGAGCACUCGCCUCACAUAUAUACAACCUGACAGACGAAAACAUACAAACACAUCUAUAUGAUGAAGCUCUGAGUGUUGACAUGGAAUCCAUCAAGCUGUGGUACAACUACCUUUCCUCUCAGCCACGAGCGCCGCAUGUAGUCACAACUAGUCAAAAUGGAGGUGUGUCCGCUGCCUUAGAGCGCGUGUUGUCCAAGUUCGUGGAGGUGUCUGUGAGUGUGCACGCGACCGACCGCCGGGAGCCGGAACACGCGCUCUACGGACCAACCAGGGCGCUGCUAUAUGUAUACAGUGUGAAGCCCGCUGUAUUUGAUCUCAUCCUAACGCUAGCGAUCGUGGCCUACCUCACAGUUUUGUAUUUCGCUAUGCAAGUGUUCCCACGUUUCUAUGAAGAAUACGCGAAAAUAGUCACAGGGAAAGCCAAAGUUCAUUAA